AUGGCGACCAAAGCGACCAUAGCACCAACAACCGCGGCAGCCAGGAACCCCUUCGAGGUGCCUGAACUCAUUCACCGCCUCGGUCGAUUCGUCACCCUAAAGGAUGCAUGCUCAUGCGCACUCGUCUCAAAGACCUGGACCAACCACUUUAUGUCUGCCGCCUGGUUCAGCGUGGACUUCAACGUGCACCCCCGAUUUGCCGACCUUUCGCCAGCUAUCAUCACCAAGAAUGGACAUCUUAUUCGAGUUGUCAAGAAUGCCAAGUCGCUUCCUCAGGUCACUGUCCUCGCCAAUGCAAGUGUCCGCGGGCUGAAGGAUCUACAUAUCGACCCCACGGCCUCCGUCCUUCAACAUGUGCGCGCCUAUGAGAUCGUACACAGGAACAACAACAGUCUACAAGAUCUCCAUCUAUUUGCGACUCUUUUAGUCUCUAACAUAGAGGAUUCUUUGAUCCAUUAUGUCUCUACAUCUGCCUUGACUCCAUCCUUAUCUGAAACGCUGCCUAGCCCAUCUAGACUCAGGUCGCUGGAGAUCCAAAACAUGUGCCUGACCCACGACGGUUUAGCCGCCAUCCUUCAAGGGUGCCCUAAAUUGUCUGAGCUGAAAUUGCCUUUCACCGAUAUCGUUGGAACUCCAACCCAGUCUUUUCAGCACACUGGAGUUACCCUAUUCUUCGCAUUCCUUAAGAGCAUCUAUGAUGCUGCGCCAGGCAGCCGUUCAUUGUUGGACUAUUUUCCGGCCUUGACAACUUUGUCAACUUACAGCCUCAAUUCGGUUUCCAUUCCUGCAUCCAGGAUCAAGGAGGACACGAGGCGGUACUGUCCUUAUCUAACGGGAUAUCGGUUGCAGGACCAGACAGGCGCCAUUGUCCCAGAGUUCCUCGUCAACAUUGCCCACAAUAUAUCCGAAAUCGUAUUCGUUCAUAAACAAAUAUCGCUAGAGACCAUCACGGCCAUUCUCCUGCAUCAGUCAACCUUGACGUCUGUUUUGCACUUUUAUGUGCACCAAGAUCUUGAUCUUGAAGAAGCGAAUAUCGCUCCAGUGUCGACACAUUUCGAAGGAUCUUCUCAGUAUUUACAGUUGAUCCCGAGAUGCUGUUCACGGUUGGACAUCCUGGACCUUCAUUUUCAGGAGAUGAAUAUGGAUGUUGUCGAGCAAGGCAGUUGGGUUUGCAAGGACAUAAGUACACUUCGUAUCAGGAUCAAGGGGCUGGACACGGAGGAGAAGAUUCUGAAGGCGAUUGCACUAUGGCGCAAGGGAUGCUGGAGGCGUUGGCAGAGGAAGGCGGGUACCCCGGUGGUGGAAGAGGAAGGGGAGAAAGGGGAGGAAGGGAAGGAGCAAAGCAAGACUGAUCUUUCGAUUGAGGCCCGGGUUGCUCCUGACUCGACUUGCCCAUCUGGACUACUUGAACUUGAAUGGUGGGCGGAUUUGACAUAUGAUCUGACAGCCCUCUCUUCGGCGACAAGGCUGAAGGCCUUGCAGAUUAAAGAGUACUUCGAACUCGAUGGACCUAGACAGUUUAUCACAAGGCUGCAUCUGUCGUCAGAGUUUGCCUUGUUCGAGCUCAGGAUGCUUCGUGGAUGGCCAGCACUGGAAUCCUUGGGCUUAGAUAUCCAUUCGACAGCUGCAGAGUGA